AUGGAGCUGGUGGCUCUCUUGAGCCAAGAUAAUGCACCUCCUGCACCUAUAACAGGUCCACCAGGCCUCACACCAGCGCAAAUAGCGAUGCGACAGCGCAUGUUAGCUAUGCAGGCGCGUCGUAUGGGCGUAGCGAAUCCCGCAGCUACGGGUCAGGUGCAAGGUGUACGGCGCGGCCCAUCAAUCCGGCUUUGUAUCUGGCGUCUUGGAUCAGCACCCAGCAGCGUGUGGGAUGUCACCAUCCAACCACCGCCGCCGCCUGCACCACUGCCUCGUGAUGCUGUGGAAAGCGUAAGUGUGUUGGGUCUAUGCUGGAGUCCCGAUGGCGAGCGCCUCGCAGUGCGAAUCAGCAUAACACGCGUCGUGCAUAAUACCCCGCAGCAUGGGACGGCCCUUCUCACAUACUCUGUAUUUGACGGUGCCGUCCUUCACACGCUGUAUACCCCAUGUUCUGACGCACCUCUCCAUUGUGCGAUGCAAUGGAUUCCUUUGCCUAAUUGCUCGCCGAAGUCACAAGCUCUGGAUAUGCUAGCGCAUCUAGCGCCUCUCAUGCCUAUCCAGGACUUUUCUGGCGAAAAAAGCCGCUGGGUCGGCUCGACUCAACGGCACAAACCUGCGGGCGAGCCGCCCAGUGCAGACCGUGUACAUGGCAAAGGCGUCCUGGCUUCUGUGCCCGUCUUCUUGGCCAACGAUGAGCCCAUCUCGCUUCUCUUGUGCGCCGAAGACUGUAUGUUGCAUGCAUGGCUCAAUGGCUCUGUACCAUUAGCCUCUACACACACAUCGCAUCGCAUCUUGUCUGUUGCUGCAAGUGAAGGACAUGCUAGUGUUCUUGUUGAUGCAUCUAGGCACACAUCGACGUUCUUGCAGAUCGAGCACAUCCCUUUGCCAUGGGACGCAACCACUGUGCAUCUGGCGCGUCUUUCGACAGCAUUUUCAACGUGUCUGGCGCAUGCUUUGGACGCGGCAUUCUAUGCCUCGCAUGCUUGGACCUCGUAUGUCCGUCCACGAGCGUCGGAAUGGCAUGAUUACUGGGACGACCUCGCUAGAAAGCACGGCGUUGACAUCGUUAUGGAAUGGAUGACACUACUGACCACGGCGCAUGCCUCUCCAGCAUGUGAGCAGCUGCUCGCUCAACUCACAGAAGGGACCAUGAUUGCCAUGGAAACCGACAUGAAGCGUGGGCUUAAGUGGAUUCGUCGUCUUGCUAGCACUGGCAUUGUGCCGGCGUGCGAGCGCAUGCUCAUUGUGUUGAAUGAGUGGCAUGGAUGCACUGCUUGGUCCACGCGGUACCCGCCGGGGUCGCCACAGCUAGCCCCCUUGAUGAAGAACAUCCAGUCAUGUCAUGGUGUUGCUCUAGCGUUACAUGAGCAGGUUGAGCGUGAGCUUCUCGCUCUUGAUGAGUUCUACAAAUGGUGGCGCAUGGAGCAAGACCGUCAGGAACGACUCAAAUGCGGCGACAUAUCUCCUGCGGUCGUCGUCCAUCAUGACACUUUGAGUGUACUUGAGCUGUGCCAGCGUGGGUUUAUUGCGCCUGAACUCGAUGCUCUCCUCGGCGUUCCCAGCACACCCACAGCAUCUGUCCAUGGUUCACGCGGCGCAUCAGCUGCUAACGAUUCGUCUAACAAUGGUGACGUCGACGAAGACGAGAGCCAAAGUAACGUCCAUGCCAACAUAGAGCCGCUCUUUCAACUGCCCACUGUCUCGUACGACAGUGAAGCAGGCAUCGGCUUUGACCCAUGUGCUCCGACUGCUCACAGUUUGGCGACUGUCGAGGAGGCUCUUGCCUGGCUCGACACUGAUCCGCCACUGUGUGCAACUCAUCCUACCGAUGACCAGUGGCGCUAUGUAUUUCAUUCGCCCAUGCUGUUCCCAGGCCCGGCGUCGACGUGUCGGCCACGUGCUUUGCCUGGUGAUGCAUGCACGUUGCUCGAACGUUUCGAGCAUGUGGGCGCAGAGGCUGCUCGCAUCAUGUCAGGGGCGCUCAUGCAUACGAAUGUAGAGUCUAGGCCGUGUGGCGAUGCUUGGUCUGUGCCAUCGACACUCUUGCAACGGGACGAUGCUCUGCGUUCCGUGCCUUCAGACUCACCAUCGUCCAUCGUGGCUCACUCGCAACGUCCAGUGACGCGGGCAUGCGCACGAAGCGCUCGUGCCCAUGUUCAUAUGUACAUAUGCGAUUCUCAGGUGUGUACGGCGCAUGUGAAUCUGUCCUCUAUGUCAUGUUGUGUCCAAACAACUCAAGUGCCUCUUCCCCACCGUGUCUUGGACGGUGCGGUCACGCCGCAACUCGUGCAUCUGCUAUACCAGGCGUCUCGAGACGAUGAGGAGACGACACGGGUUGGUGUGUGGCAUUUGACCGACGCAGCAGCAGCCUCAACUGCUGUACCGGCGACGACUACACCUCUCUCUUGGCCGCCGAGCCAUGCAACAACAAAGUCAUAUGGAUCUUCUGUCGCUGCGUCCGCACGUGGUACAAGCUUCGCGGUUUCCAUGGACCGCCGUACGCUUUCGACCUACAAGCCGCCCGUACACAUGUGUUGA